GGGGACGGAAAGCCUCUCAUCUUGGCCUGCAGCGACGUGGCUGCGCUGGCGGGGCGCAACAAGUUUCAGCCCAUGCAGAAGGCUUGGCGGGGUUUGAUCAAGAAAAACUUCAAUUCACUAUACAGCAGCCUGGCCAAGAAGGAGGACCCGCGGCUCCUGACUGACGAAGACAUCUUAGCCGAGGAGACCAAAAAGAUGAAGCCGGUCGAGCAGAUAGCCCUGAGAAGAAUGAGAGAGAAAGCAGUCGCCGACGAAAACAAGCAGGCAGUCUUCUACGCAGACCCCCGCACUGCAGCCCCAGGUUUGACGAAGGAGAGCGCGAAGGUUGUGAUGAGCCAGAUAAUGAAGCAGCGCGGCUGGAGGUCCGAGAAGCGGGGCCUCCAUAUUGCCGAAAAGGCGGAGAAGACGAGUGCUGUGAAUAUCUGA